CACUCUCUGUAGUAGCGGAGGAAGCCUAAAGGAACCAAAUGUGCCUUCAAAGACUUAUCAGUCUUUCAGUUGAUGCAGGUGAAAAAUCAGCUAAAAUUGGUGAUGGAAAUUCAUAGUUACCUUACCGACUGAGGGGUGGAGUCGAAGAAGAGCAACAGCCAAAACUUGGCAGUGGAGGGUACGAGUGAAAUGGGAAAAGUUAUAGAUCCAGAUCCAGAUUCGAAUUGGGGAUGGGAUAUGAAUUCAGAUUUGAAUUCCGAUUUCGACUCCGACACUUUAGGAUUUAGUAACGAUCCGGGGGAGCAGCUUCAUCAGCGUUGGAAGUGGCUGAAGUUGCCUUGGAAGCGGCCGUUGUCUUCACAUACUGUGAGAUUUAGAAAUGAUCUGGGUGAAGACUCACAGAGGUUGCAACGGUGGUGGCCAUUGUCUUCCAAAUGGGACCCCAAUCCUAUGAAUCUUCGGAAGAGGGCGAUGAAGUGGUUGGAUAAGAAGGCUCAAUCACAUGCUCACUCUCAAAAUUUGAUUUACAUGAAACAUCGGAACAGGGUGAUGAAGUGGUUGAAGCAGUUGGAUAGGAAGGUUGUGGCAUCGAGACCAUCGUGCACCCACUCUCAAAAUUUGAUUCGAAGCAAAACCAAUAUAGCUGGGCCUUCCACACAGUUAGAAGAUGACAGGAGUGUCCACAAAAGAAUCAAGCAGAGUGUUGAGAUAUUGAACAGGAUUUGAGGUCCUUCUCACCAAGUCGUAUGGGAAAGUCAAUUUUUGAAAGCAUUUUUUAUUUAUUUUUAUUUUUUUAAAAGUGUGGUAAAAUCAAAAGUAAAUCACUUUCCUACAUUGAAAAAUCACUUAAAAUUAUCUUAUAGUAGCACUU